AGGAAGAGGAGAAAGGACGUGCGCGGUGGGCUGCACGGGGAAGAGAUCACAUGACUGUAUGGGGCGCUCCCCAACACGUGACUAAGCGGCAAGGGGCGUGCGCGAGUGGUGAUGCUGGAUGGGGGAGCCGCUGCCGCCUGUAUGUGCAGAACUUGGCUAGGAGCCGCCAGCACGAGGAUGAUUGUGAGGAGGACAUGGACACAGACGUUCCUGAAUGCAUAGGAUGUGGCAGUUGGGAUAUCAUGAUGGCAGUGGGGCUGGUUGAUACAGUGGAACGCCGAUUCUGGUCCCGGCAAACAAGCACAGACUGGUGGGACCACAUAUUGUUGCAGGGCAUUGACAGCCAGACAGCAGAAUGGAGACCAAGUGCUGCAGCCCGUCUCUAUGGUGCUCCAAGUCAGCCUUGUACACAUUCCUGCUAGGAGGAGCAUUUGUUACCUUGGGUUCAAGUCGUAUUCUCCUGAUGAAGUAUUCCGCCAAUGAAGAUAACAAAUACGAUUACCUUCCUGCAACUGUGAAUGUGUGCUCAGAGCUAGUUAAACUGGUGCUAUGUAUGACAGUGGCACUCUGGAUAACAACAAAAGAGGGACGUUCAUAUAGUGACUUUGGAUGCACCUCAUGGAGGGAGUUUUAUAGCUACAUGAAGUGGUCAGUUCCGGCCUUUCUGUACUUUUUGGAUAACCUGAUUGUUUUCUAUGUAUUGUCCUACCUCCAACCAGCCAUGGCUGUAUUAUUCUCAAAUUUUAUCAUUAUAACAACUGCGCUCCUAUUCAGGAUAGUGCUAAAACGGCAGCUCUCCUGGGUGCAGUGGGCAUCUCUACUGAUUUUGUUCCUGUCCAUCAUAGCCCUGACUGCAGGGACCGGAAGCAAUCAGCACAGCUUGGCCACACACGGGUUUCAUCAUGACAUGUUUUUCAGCUCAUCUAAUCGCUGCCUUCAGUACACCAGGCCGGAGGAAGAGUGCUGGGGAGGAGACAACUGUACAGAAACAGGGUUCUUUCCCAGCUUCAAGUGGAAUGUCACUGCUACCACUGCAGGAGCAUUGAAACCUCUCCGCCUCGGCUUGGGCCAUCUGCUGAUAAUAGUGCAGUGUUUCAUCUCUGCUUUGGCCAACAUCUAUAAUGAAAAGAUCCUGAAGGAAGGGGACCAGCUCAAUGAAAGUAUAUUUGUGCAGAACAGCAAGCUAUAUGUCUUCGGGGUGCUGUUCAAUGGGCUGAUGCUGGGCCUGCGCUCUGAGAACCGUUGGCAGAUAGAGUACUGUGGCUUCUUUUAUGGCCACAAUGUGUUCUCUGUAGCUCUCAUUUUUGUCACUGCCUUCCUGGGGCUGUCCGUGGCCUUCAUUCUGAAGUUCCGAGACAACAUGUUCCACGUCCUGACUGCACAGAUCACCACUGUGAUCAUCACCAUUGUAUCCAUUGUCAUCUUUGACUUCAAGCCUUCUCUGGACUUCUUCUUGGAAGCACCUGUGGUGCUUCUUUCCAUAUUUAUCUACAAUGCCAGCAAACAUCAAGGCCUGGAAUAUGCCACUCAGCAGGAGAGGAACAAACUCCUCGGUGAGAUCUGGGAGCGAUCCAGCGGGGAUGGAGAGGAACUUGAGAGACUGACCAAAGCAAACAGUGACAUUGAUACAGAUGAAGAUGCCUUCUAGCAUGAGCUUGUGCAACUGAGUGCUGGGUAUUCUCCAAGAGAACAGUAUUGGUAUCUUUUUAAACUAUGGGAUAGUCUUUUUUCUAAGUGCAACAGUUAAAACUGUUUGGAUGGUUUUGUGAUUCCAGAGGAUGUGUAUUGUGUUUUUAAGUUGUGCAAAUAAAACACAGCUCCAAGAUCAGAAUAGGGUGUGUCCAGGUUUGGGGCUGGGAUG